GCAAUACUAGAACUAGCAAACAAACAAUGUCUACGACUAACCUCAGACCGAUCCGCGCCUGUCUCUUUGACAUGGACGGUCUCCUCCUAAACACGGAAAAUCUCUACACAAAGGUCACGAACAUGAUCCUAGCGGAAAGUGGACGUCCGGCCAUGCCUUGGAGUAUAAAGGCUCAACUUCAGGGAAGACCAGGACCAAUAGCGACAAGCAUAUUCUUCGAAUGGGCCCAAUUAAAAAUCUCCCGCGAGGAAUUCAUCCGGCGCCGCUCGGAACUCCAUACUGAAUUCUUCCCCUCCUGCGGCCCGCUUCCGGGAGCCCCGGAACUUCUAGAAGCCCUCUCCACAGCAACUACCCCCUCAGGCUUACCCAUUGAAGUGGCGCUCGCAACGUCCAGCACAGCUGACUCCUUCGAGCUAAAGACAGCACACCUACAAGACCUCUUCAAGUACUUCCCCAAAGACCAAAAAAUCCUCGGUGAUGACCCACGAAUCCUGCACGGUCGCGGGAAGCCAGCGCCCGACAUAUACCUUGUCGCGCUAGAGAGCAUAAACGCUCGCUUACGUAGCGAAGGUAAGACAGAGGUUCUACCGGACGAGUGCCUGGUUUUCGAGGACGCUGUUCCGGGAGUUGAGGCUGGGAGGAGAGCCGGUAUGCGCGUGGUCUGGAUACCGCAGGAAGAGCUCAGGAGGGAGUUUGCUGGUAAGGAAGAGGAGAUAUUGGCCGGCAUUCCGACGGUCAGUGGCGCUGAAGGGGAGGUCGUUGAGGAGGAUAGGAAGGUGGGAAAAGUGGGCGAUGGGUGGGGCGAGUUGAGGGAGAGCAUUAUCGGGUUCGAUUACGCGAGGUAUGGUAUUCGAGUAAAAGAAUACCGGUAGAAGUGGACGGACGGAGGUGGGUAUCCAAACAGAGUAGAUUAGAUUUGAGAGUUGCCACUAGAAUAGAUGGCUCGGACACCA